GAUAGUUAGUUAGUUAGCUAGCUAGCUAGCUAGCUAGCUAGAUGGAUGGAGAGGAAGUGAACCAGAGGAAGAAGACCAAAACGGACAGACAGCGAGAGCUCGACGAAGAGAGUUUGCUCAACAACACCAUCCUCGAGGCUGUGACCGAUCCUCGCGGGUCUUCCUCGUCCUGCUUUUCAGGGAUCAACAGGCCAAUUGAGAGCCUCGCCAACGACCUUGUCGCCUUCCAAGUGAGUCCUCAAGUGCAUGAAGAGCCUGGCUCUUUUCUCCUGCCUUCUCACCUCGGUAGUCCCCACGUCAAACCAGUUUGGAUUGCCUCCUCCGCCUAGUGGGCGGGUCUAGAGGGUGAUUGCUGAGAGCCACGCCUCUGGAGCGGGCGUGUCGACCGGAAUGGUGUGGCAUCACCCGCGUGUCAUAGAUUGAUAGAUCGAGUGAAGUGACAAGUGGCGGCGGUUGCCCGUUCGUUCCGAAAUCCGGCCAUUUCUGGUCCAGCAUGUUCAAGUGCAUCCCCAUCCCGUUCAAGGGGUGUAACCGACAGGUGGAAUAUGUGGAUAAACGCCAUUGCUCGUUGAGCACGGUGCCCGAGGAUAUCAUGCGAUAUGCGCGAUCCUUGGAGGAGCUCUUGCUCGAUGCCAAUCAUCUCGAUCAACUCCCCAAGAACUUUUUCCGACUAAACCGAUUGCGAAAGUUGGGUUUGAGUGACAAUGAGAUCAAACGUCUUCCGCCAGAGAUCCAGAACUUUGAAAACCUGGUUGAAUUGGAUGUCUCACGUAAUGAUAUCCUCGAGAUUCCCGAGAACAUCAAAAGCUGUCAAGCCCUCCAAAUCGCCGAUUUCUCGUCCAAUCCGAUUCCGAGACUUCCUUCGGGGAUCGUGAAGCUAAAGAGUCUGACGGUCUUGGGUCUCAAUGACAUGUCAUUGACUGAUUUGCCUCCAGACUUUGGAUGCCUUGAGAAUUUGACCUCACUGGAGUUGCGCGAGAACCUGAUUCGAGGCCUACCACACUCGGUCCCGAAACUCACGAAACUGGAGCGCCUGGACUUGGGUGAUAACGAAUUGCUUGAACUCCCUGCAUUUAUUGGCAGUCUGCCCGCACUUUCGGAACUUUGGCUGGACCACAAUCAACUUCAGCACCUGCCCAUUGAAAUUGGAAACUUAAAGUCUUUAACCUGUCUUGACAUAUCUGAGAACCAUUUGGAAGACAUUCCUAUCGGAAUUGGUGGUCUCACCAACCUCACGGACUUGCAUUUGAGUCAGAACUCCAUUGAGACCCUCCCCGACACGAUCGGUAACUUGGGCAAGCUCACCAUCUUCAAAAUCGACCAAAACAGACUCAACACCCUCAACCCUCAUAUCGGAAGUUGCACGAACCUUCAGGAGCUGAUCCUCACAGAAAACUACCUCACCGAGUUGCCCUACACGAUUGGAAACCUGACCAAAAUGACCAACUUGAAUGUGGACCGCAACCGGCUGGACUUUCUGCCCGCUGAAAUUGGAUGCCUCGUGAAUUUGGGCGUGCUGUCCCUGCGGGAAAAUCAGCUCCACAGUCUACCCCAUGAGAUUGGCACGUGUGCUGAGCUCCAUGUGCUAGAUGUGUCCGGCAAUCGACUGCCCCACCUGCCAUUCACGGUCACCAACCUGAACCUGAAAGCCCUGUGGUUAGCGGAGAAUCAGGCCAAGCCCAUGCUCAACUUUCAGACGGAUUACGAUGAGAACACGGGCGAGCAAGUUCUGACUUGCUUUCUCUUGCCUCAAAUGGAAUAUCAAAACGAAGGGAACAAUGUAGGUGCUGGACAUGGCCAGACCCGAUAUCGAACUCAAAACCUUGGCUACGAACGCGAGUACGAAGACGAAGAAGAUGAAGAAGAGGACGCUGAAAACGAGCAAGACUGGAUGAAUCGGAAGUCUGUGAUUCAAUUUGAGAAUGUGGGUGACGACGAUGAACUUGAUCGGGAGACGGCAUUUGUCAGGCAAAAGACCCCUCAUCCUCGAGAGUUGAAGGCCAAAGCCCAUAAGUUGUUUGGUAAACCAAGAACCGAAGAGUCUGGUCUUGAGCAAUCGUCCGUCCUAGAUCCGCCCACCGACUUGCCUCUUCUCCAAAACGGUAACAAUGGAUUCGUCGAGACGAAUGGCAAUAACCAUCAUACCGAGUUCGACAAUGAACUCGCAGAAGUCGUCCAAUUGCGACGACCUCAUGGCCAAGAAGACUCUGCCCCCAAUGAGGACUCGCCAGAGUCCUAUCAAGAGCGACUUCGACAAGAAGCUCGACGGAGCCGUGAAGUGGACUCGCGGAGCUCUCUCGAGUUUAACCAAGCCAUCCCACCCACCGAAAUCCUGAAUUCGGAGGCUCAAAAAGGCAAGGCCGGACUGGCUCGUCAAGGCUCAUUGGCCGAGCGUCAGCUACCCAGCACGGUGGCCUUGGCCAAACGUCAAAGCCAAAGCCUCAACACCACCCGAACAAGCGAAGGAGGUGCGGCAACGGAAGAGGAAGAAGGACACUCCUCGGCCGAAUCUGACAAUGGAACGCAAGGUGUGAGAUUCAAUGUAGAGGAACGUGAACAACAAAUCGCGGCCUCCGCUGCAGGAGAAGAGAAACAACGACUUCACCGCAGAGACACGCCUCAUCACUUAAAGAACAAGCGAAUCAAUCAACAGGUGGACAAGGAGAAGGUGGCCAACAUCAUUGCACAGGCACUAAAGAAACAGGAUGACCAAGUAGACAACAACCGGUCAUCCAUAAUCAGUGAUCAACUCCAACAGGCUCAGGGAAAUUCUUCAGCAGAUGUUUCAGACCAUCUAAGCUCCCACGAUCCUUCCAACAUGGAGUUAGUGUCCCAGGAAAUGGAUAUUCAAUUCGAACGUGCGGACAAGGGCUUGGGUUUGAGCAUCGCUGGGGGUCUAGGCUCGACGCCCUAUAGAAACAACGACGAAGGCAUCUUUAUCUCUCGAGUCACGCCGAAUGGACCCGCAGACUUGGCCGGCCUACGCAAAGACGACAAAGUGAUCAGUGUGAAUGGUCACUCGUGUGUCAACAUUGACCAUUACGAAUCAGUUGGAAUUCUCAAAGCCGCUGGAAGCUACAUUCACAUGAAGAUUAUCCGAGAUGUGUUUGUUCAAAAAAAGCAUCAAUCCUCUGGUCUCCCUGUCACCACUCCGGACACAGCUUCGUUGUCCAGUUUGUCUCAUGCAGGUAGCAAUCACUCCACAAAGUCUCUCCACAGCCAUAGCAACAAGAACAUGGUGACCACACCUUUGGGCACGCCCAAUGAUCUCAUCACGAAAACUGAACGGAUCCGAACCACUCUGUUACGAGAUCAAGGCAAAGGUCUCGGCUUCUCUAUCGCAGGCGGACGUGGCGCGGAUCCGUUCGUUGAGGGCUGCGAAUCUGUGUUCAUUUCAAAGGUGGCCGAUGAAGGUCCAGCUAUCAAAGACGGCAAGUUGCAAGUGGGCGAUAAGAUCGUAGAAAUCAAUGGCAACGACGUGGAGCACGCCGACCAUUUGGUGGUUGUCGAAAUCCUCACUGGUUUAGAGCGAUUUGUUAACUUGGUGGUCGAGCGCAAGGUUCAAGUUCCAUUGAGCUCGGUCACGAAUUCUUCGUCGAACAAUCUAUUCAGUCAGUCGUCGUUGUCGUCGCUAAUCAACGGGCCCGGGGAGAAAUCCUCACCCAAAGUAUUCGGUUUGCCCAAACCUUACGCUGGAUUGUACAGUUCGAGCAGCUACAUGGCCAAUCGGCCUUCUUACAUGAGGACUCGAGAACCCGGCCAAUACACGAUCACAUCCACCACGUCCUCGCCGGGGUCAGCCUCUUCAACACCCUCGUACACUAAAUUGCCCGGGAUCUCUGGGGUACCUGGCAUGAAUUUGUCUGGCGAGCAAAGGAAAUCCUAUGGAACCCUUCCAGGUAGCAAGACCUUACCGGAAAUCCCCAAGUCCGACAACAAGAGCGUGUCCUUACCUCGAACCAGUCUUGAUGGUGAUAAUCAACGCAGUCUGGUCAAUCCGCAAAGUCAUCCUGACGCAGUAAGAGAUCUGAUAGCACGUUUACCCGACCCACCUACUGGUCUCGGUUUGGCUACGGAGACCGUCAAACGGACCACUUAUUCCGAGACCAGCGUCAAACGUGUUACGAAUAACCAAGCGUUGUCCGUAGAGGAGGUUGUUUUGAAGAAAGCUGGAGGACCGCUUGGCCUAAGUAUCAUCGGUGGGACCGAUCACUCUUGUGUCCCUUUCGGCACGGGCGAAUCCGGCAUCUUUAUCUCAAAAAUCAUCCCUGGUGGAGCUGCCGCUCGCACUGGCAAGCUCCGCAUGGGUGACCGCAUUUUAUCCGUGAACGGUUCGGACAUUCGGACGGUCUCUCACGAAACUGCCGUCAUGGCCUUGUUAUCCAAAGCUGAUCAGAUGAACUUGCGGGUUCAACACGAUCCAUUGCCCAAAGGUUUUCAGGAAAUCAACAUCGAGAAGCAAGCCGGAGAGAAAUUGGGCAUGAUCAUCCGUGGUGGGCUCCAAGGCCAACCUGGUAAUCCAUAUGACGCGGCUGAUGAGGGUGUGUUCAUUUCGAAAAUCAACUCCAAUAGUGUGGCUGAUCAUCAGGCCGGUCUGAAAGUGGGCCAAAGAAUCAUUGAAGUGAAUGGACAAUCUCUUUUGGGAGCAAGUCAUCAAGAGGCCGUGGCAGCUAUUAGGAACGCAGGAGACUCGAUCCAUCUUCUAUUGUGUGAUGGCUUCGAAGAUCCUGCCGUUUCCACCCCGUCUCUUCCCACCAUUGAGAAGCAAGAUAUUGAAAGUGUCAAAGAGCAGGAAGAGCAAUCCGUGUCCGAGCGGCCAAAUUCUGUCAGCGAUCAGAUCAUGAACGCCGUGAGAGCGGCUGAAGACGUGGUUUGCUUCAGGCCGAAGUCGCCCGGUUCCAUUUCCAAUCACUCCACUUCCAGCCUUCAAAGAUCGACUACGGUCAAAUUAGAGGGUAGUUCCACUGUGAUUCCGGCUCACACCUCCACGCCUAUCACCGUGAUGACACGCCCUUCUUUGGCCAUCUUAGCCAACGAUUACGACUAUGAAUCCUCGCCCAUUCCUCCUCAGAACGACGCAGUCUCAACUCCCCCUCCCAAUCACGAUCAUGACGAACAAGAGGCCGAACCAGAAAUGGAGCGAGAAUUCAACCUUGGAGAACUCCUCGAGUCUUCCACAAACAAUGGAAGGCCGUGGUCGGUGGUUGAGAAGCCGAUCAUUGCUCCCAAGCCAGUGGUGCCUCCAAGACCCGCUUCAAUCUCGCCUAGACCCCAAGAAAUGACCGAGGUCCCAACACAAGACCGUCCCACAGAUCCAAGGUUAGCCUCCCUGAGCUCUGACUCUCAUUCAGAAAGCCCAGAGAAGCUUUCGUUGAAAGCGAGACUCAAGCUCUUCGAGAAAGAGAUCGAACAGCAAGGAUCUGCUCCGGCACCAAAACCGGAGAAAAAAUUCUCGUUCUUGAACGAUAACGAACUGGAGAAAAUGAAAGAAGAGGAAGCCAAGAGAAUCGCAAGUAUGUCCAUGAUGGAGUUCGACAAAUUGGCUUUGGCUGCACGUGCGAGGGCUGACGAGGACGCGGAUGAGGCUUUAGACCAAGUGGAAGAGAUAGAAUCCGUCCUUCGAUUACCACCUCAACAACCAACUUCGGCUGGAUUUCAGGACGAUGUACCUUCUCCCGGAGUAGACCAAGAUCAUCAACAAUUGGGAAUGGUCCACACAGCCAAAGGCGAGCGAAGAUUACGAGAGAAACACGAACGUGAGGGUUUGCCCUUGCCCCAAGGGUUAGAAGACGACGCAUCACUUUCACCCUCUGAGAAACGGGCUCAGGAUGCCGAACGACGAGCUGCAUGGAGACAGGCUCGACUGAAAUCUCUGGAAAACGAUGCUAUUCAAGCGCAAAUGGUUAUUCAAAAGAUGUCCGAAUUGGGUAUGGGAGAAUCCGGAACGGAAAACAACUACGAUAACAACGAACCUCUCGACGCAUUUAGUGACCAGCCCCUUUAUGCUAAUGUGACCGACGAGGAUUCUCAAAAUGCAAACCUGGUGGAUGAGGAUUUCCGCGACGACAACCAGAACAAUAGCAUGCCGUCCAAAUCUGAUCUGAACGCUAACCUCCCGACACCAUCAUUACAACCACCACAACGACGUUUGACUCCGGGUUCCGCGGAUUUCCCCACUCUUUUGCUCAUCGAAAGAGAUCUGGGCAUUGAAGUCCGCGAACGGGAACGAGUUUUGGGCGAAACCCGACAGCAGCGAACCGAACUCUACACUGACGAGACGACUGGGGAGCAAAAGAUUCGGACGGUGGAGGUCAUUGAAAAAACCAUUGAGCACGAGGUUGAAACAACGAAGGAAAAAGCCAUAAGUCUCCAAUUGUCCGUGCCCAAUAGCCCAGAAUCAUCGGGAAGUCCUGAACCCACCGCCAAGUCCGAUGUCAUUCGCCAAGGCUCCACCGACGAGGAUCCCAUGUCUGUGGAGACUCCCGAAGUGGAGCAACAUCUAUCAGAUGAGGCCGAGGAAGAUGAGGCCAAACUCGUGGAGCGGAGACAUUCCACCUCUUCUUCUUCAUCUUCAUCGUCUUCGUCGUCUUCUUCAUCGUCGUCGAGUUCUGGCAGUAGUGGUGCCAACUCAACGAAGGCUAAGGAGUAAUGAUUGUCUGUUUGUUUGUUAAUUAGUUCCUACGAAAGUAACUGCAAAAUGGGGCUUACUUAACAAGAGCGUCCCAAACCCGACGUAAUUUGUGUACAGAUUCCACGACAUUGAAGCAAAGAAACCCAUUGACACGAUUUGUACUCUAUGUAGGCCCUAUCUAGGGUUUAUCGACAACGAAGAUGCAGUAUUUUGUGUGUAUAUCAAUAUUACUUUUUGAUCGAAUUUGUUAGGAGCUUAUUCAAGCUCUUCCUCGACUUUACAUAGAUACAAACAAAUACAUCAUUUGUUCCGUCCAGGUCCCAAGUCCGAAUAAGCACUUGUCAUGCCUUAUAUAUUGAUUGUGUACUACUAUUUUUAUUCAAGUAACCUCAUCAGAGCAUUCAAUAAAUACUAAAACUUGUGCCCUAA